GGUAUCUCUAAAAAAAAAAGGUACUAGAGUCUAGAGUGUCCACUAAAUCAAUCUUUAACACAUAACAGCGGUCGUAGCGUAACACAAGCACAGACUGAGAAAUCAGACGGCGAGAGAAUGGGCGCGUUACCCUUCCGUUUCUUCUUCGCGGUGACUCUGCUGCUCACUUGCGCGUUAGGUUUCCAAUCGGACGAGCUUCUCCUCGACGACGACGAGUUUGGCAUCGAAGGUGGACGCUCCUUCGAUUCCGAUUCGCAUCAUCAACCUCCCGCCACCGCCACCACCUCUCGGAAGAGGUUUUCCGACUCCGCCUCCGCCUCCGAUUCCAAGAUCCAGUUCCCUCUCCAACACGCCUUCGGAGACUCCGAUUUCUCCGACGCUGGCAACUUCUCUGCUCGCCUCAAGACUUGGAGCCACGGCGGCCAGACUCUGACGAAGCUGAGGUUUAAGCGGGAUCCUUUGACUGACGUUGAGCAGAAGAAUUUUCAAGAGCUGUUACGAGGAGAUGAUUUCUAUAGGAUUAGACUGCCGUCCAAUGUUUUGAGCCCUCCCGGCCGGGAAUAUAUUAUUUCUUCGGUGAAAGCGCGAUGUCUUCCAGGGGAUGGAUUGGAGGAGCAUUUUGUAAUACACAUGGAAGGUGUUAAUGUCUUGGCUGUCAAUUAUGGUGCUCCAGGGGCUUGCCCUUAUCCCCGGCAACUGAAGCUUCCUGCAAAGUGGUCUUUCAAGUCAUACACGGUUCUAAAGAACAGUGAACAAGCGCCAAGAACUCCAAUAUUUGCUGAAGAUGUGCUUGGCGGAGAGGAGGGAGAUGGUGAGGCUGUAAAGCCAAUAGAAAAGUCCUUUUGGGCUAAAUACUGGAUGUACCUGAUCCCUCUUGGACUCAUUGUAAUGAAUGCCGUCACUCAAGCUAUGAAUAUGCCCGAUGAACAACCUGGCGGGCAACCUGGUGCUCAGACACAGCAGCAGCCAGGAGCUGCAGUACAGCGUGGACCAAGCUCUGGAGGUGUGCGUAGAAGAUGAUUAGUUAGCUUCCACUGCCUCGGAAAACAUUAUUUGAGGACAUUGGGAUGUCUUGGACGUUUCAGUUAGACUUGACCAAUUAUUGUUAUUGUUAUAUAUUGAAAUUUUGGCACGAAUAUCAUUUUGGUUUCCUCUGAUACUGUGAUGUUUCUGGGGCGAUUUGUAUUACUCCCAAAAAAAGGUAAGUGGGAUUAACCUAAUUUGUUUAUGGCCACGACAACUAUGAAUUUGAAAUAAUGAAAUUUAGUUCUGAGUAUCA